UGGCAAGGCGGUUCUUACAACCUGGGUUUCGGUUUUGUUAACGCCCAAGGAUGUUGAACAUGUAUGGGACCAUUUAUAAUCCACCAACUCAUCUCUUUACAUCUUCUGUAAAAGAGAUUACUCAGAGCUACAAUGCUGUUUCUGGAACCGUGAAUUCAGGCCUUUCUAAUAUUACAACAAAUAAUUCAAUUAGUCCAGCACACUGUCAGUCGUCGUUAGUUGGACCGAUCAGUUGCGGACCUUCUGGUUCAAUUGUUAAUAAUACCAACCAUUCUAUCCCUUCUCUUUGUGGACUAGGUUCUAACACUUCAGGAGUCCCUUUUGGAAUCACUAAUGGACCUUCUGAUCUGAUUCAAAAUAACAGUAGCAAUGGAAGUGCAGCAAAUGGUAGUGGUUCCUCACCACCUGUUGUUGGCAGUGGUGGUGAUGGCCCUCCUCUAAGUGUUGGGGCUGGUAGCAGUGCAGGCCCAGGGAGCAAUAGCAGUGGUUCUGGUGGCGCUGGUGGAUCGAGUGGUGGAAGUGGCAGUGGUCAUUCAUCUGCAUCUGCUCAGCAUCUUAUUCAGUUUGAACCGCCUACUCGUCCGGGAAGAGGUUCUGAGGGUCGUUGUAUUAGCUUAAGAGCUAAUCAUUUUGAAAUAAAAAUGCCUAAAGGCUUUCUACAUCAUUAUGAUGUCUCAAUCACACCUGAAAAGUGUCCAAGACGUGUGAAUCGUGAAAUUAUUGAAACUAUGGUCAAUUCAAUGCAUUAUCAGAAAUACUUUUACAAUCAAAAACCAGUAUUUGACGGUCGACGGAAUAUGUAUACUCGUGAACCACUUCCAAUAAGCAAGGAGAAGGUUGAACUAGAAGUCACAUUACCAGGUGAGGGAAAGGAUCGAGUUUUUCGUGUUGCCAUUAAGCAUGUCUCAGAAGUGUCGUUGUUCGCAUUAGAAGAAGCUCUCGGUGGUCAUAAUAGGCAUAUUCCAAAUGAUGCUGUCAUUUCGUUGGAUGUUAUCAUGCGUCAUUUACCUAGUAUGAGUUAUACACCUGUCGGUCGAUCUUUCUUUCAAAAUCCUGAUGGUUAUGAGAAUCCACUGGGUGGUGGUCGAGAAGUCUGGUUUGGUUUUCAUCAGAGUGUUCGACCAUCCCAAUGGCGUAUGAUGCUUAAUAUUGACGUAUCGGCAACUGCAUUUUACAAAGCUCAAUCUGUUAUUGACUUUAUGUGUGAAGUAUUGGAUAUAUCGGAUAAGAAUGAACAACGUCGACCGCUGACUGAUAGUCAACGGGUUAAAUUCACCAAAGAGAUUAAAGGUUUAAAAGUUGAAAUCACGCAUUGUGGUUCUAUGCGACGUAAAUAUCGUGUAUGCAAUGUGACACGACGACCAGCUCAAACUCAAUCAUUCCCUUUACAGUUGGAUACUGGUGCUACAGUAGAAUGCACUGUAGCCAAGUAUUUUCAAGAACGCUACAAUAUGCGGUUAGAAUACCCUCAUUUACCAUGUCUACAAGUUGGCCAGGAGCAGAAGCACACUUAUUUACCUUUAGAAGUUUGUAAUAUGGUCGCUGGUCAAAGGUGUAUUAAAAAGUUGACUGAUAUGCAAACUUCGACUAUGAUUAAAGCGACUGCUCGUUCAGCUCCUGAUCGAGAAAAAGAGAUCAAUAAUCUAGUGAAACGAGCCAAUUUCAAUGCUGAUCCACACUUACAAAUGUUUGGCAUUAACGUGAAUACUCGUAUGGCAGAGAUUCAGGGUCGAGUUAUUCCCGCGCCUAAAAUCCAAUAUGGUGGACGUACGAAAGCUCAAGCUUCACCACAACUUGGUGUAUGGGAUAUGCGUGGUAAACAGUUUUUCUCUGGCAUCGAGAUCAAAGUAUGGGCGAUUGCUUGUUUUGCACCACAGCGUAUUGUUCGUGAAGAAUCACUCAGGAUGUUUACCUUACAACUGCAAAAAAUUUCCAAUGAUGCUGGUAUGCCUAUUCUAGGUCAACCAUGCUUUUGUAAAUAUGCUACUGGUCAAGAUCAAGUUGAACCAAUGUUUCGUUACUUGAAGAAUACACAUGCUGGUCUACAGUUGAUUGUAGUUGUACUGCCAGGAAAAACUCCUGUUUAUGCCGAAGUCAAACGUGUUGGUGAUAUAAUGUUUGGUCUUGCAACACAAUGUGUCCAAUCAAAAAAUGUGAAUAAAACAUCACCACAAACAUUGUCCAAUCUUUGCUUGAAAAUCAAUGUAAAAUUAGGCGGCAUUAAUUCUAUUAUUGUACCAAGUGUUCGACCCGCAGUAUUUCGUGAACCAGUCAUCUUUCUUGGCGCUGAUGUUACACAUCCUCCAGCUGGUGAUAAAACAAAACCGAGUAUUGCUGCUGUUGUCGCCAGUAUGGAUGCACAUCCAAGUCGUUAUUCUGCAACUGUACGUGUCCAAUCACAUCGUCAAGAGAUUAUACAUGAUUUGUAUCCAAUGGUUAGGGAUUUGUUGUUACAAUUCUAUCGAGCUACACGUUUCAAACCAACACGUAUUAUUUAUUAUAGAGAUGGUGUUGGUGAAGGACAAUUUUUAAAUGUUUUAAAUCAUGAACUGCGUGCUAUACGUGAAGCAUGCGUUAAACUCGAAUUAGGCUAUCAACCUGGCAUAACAUUUAUUGUUGUUCAAAAACGUCAUCAUACACGUCUAUUCUGUGCUGAUAAAAAAGAUCAAAUGGGUAAAUCUGGUAAUAUACCAGCUGGAACAACUGUCGACCAGGUCAUUACACAUCCGACAGAAUUCGACUUUUAUCUAUGCAGUCAUGCUGGCAUACAGGGGACUUCAAGACCUAGUCAUUAUCAUGUAUUAUGGGAUGAUAAUAGAUUCAGUGCUGAUGAUAUACAAAAUUUAACUUACCAACUGUGUCAUACAUAUGUACGUUGUACGCGGUCUGUUUCAAUCCCUGCGCCAGCCUAUUAUGCUCAUUUAGUUGCAUUCCGAGCACGAUAUCAUUUGGUGGAGAAAGAAAUUGACAGUGGUGAAGGCAGUCAAAAGUCUGGUAAUUCCGAUGAACGUACACCGACUGCAAUGAUGCGUGCAGUUACAGUACACCCAGAAACACUGCGUGUAAUGUAUUUUGCCUAAACACCGUCAUCAUCAUCACCAUCAUCAUCAUCAUCAUCACAUCCUUAUGUACAGUUAAUGAGUAGCAUAAAUCGUAAUAAGUAGUAGUUAUUUAACCUUUAUAGGGAGAGAGAUAUAUAUAUAUCUUUGAAACAAACUCCCCCUUCUCUCACUCCCUCGUCCUCCCUUCCUCUCUCUAUUCCAUUCAAUUCAUCUGGCAGCUGUAUAACGUGCAUUGUCCUCUUUUUUUCCAAUUUAUUAAAACAAGAAAGGUAAUAGUUUUGUCCUUCUCUCACUCUCUCUCUCUGUCUCCCAUUUAAUCUGCAUUUCUGGAUACCAUGAAUUACUAUUGUUAUUAUUGUCACUGUUAAUAGAAUAUACGUUUAUCCUUCAUUCCACAAAUUAUCCCUAUGUGCCAACUAUAUGUGUAUAAUCAGCAUUAUUUCACAUUGCGUUUUUGCCUAGAAAUCCUCAUUUCCUUAUGAUGCAGUGUGUGUGUGUGUGACUACUUCUCAGUUGGAAAAAAAUAUCAUUCAAUUCAUUAAUCAUCUAUCAGCUAAUCUUUUCACAUAUAGGCUGUGUGUUUACGCUUAAAAGCGUCUUUUUACAUAAACAUAUAUAUAUAUAUAUAUAUAUAU